AUGCUUAAUCCCGUCACUUUUACCCGGAAAACACCACUCUUGUUCAAUUCUCUUGGUUUUUCCGGUAACCACAUUUCGUACUUCGACCGUAGGAGUCGAACUGAAGCUGCUUCGAGUAGGGCUCUUGCGUUUGGGUACAAAAAUGGUUCACUGAAUUGUGGUCGUAGCAAUUGGUCUGGGCGUUCCGGGAUUGGGUUCAGACAUCUGGGUCGGGUCUCUUCAGUCUCAGGUAGAGGUUCAGGUGGCUCCGGUGGGGUUGGUGAUUCAGGUGGCGGUGGUUCCGGCGGUGAAGGUGAAGGUAGCGACGGAGACGGAAAGAAGUGGUCAUUGCUCUCACGGUACUUGGCUCUUCUCUCAAAUUAUCCUGUUUUAACCAAAGCUGUGACAUCAGCAAUUUUGACCCUCAUUGGAGAUUUGAUCUGUCAGCUUACAAUCAAUAAGACCUCAUCUCUGGACAAGAAGAGGACACUCACGUUUACCUUCUUGGGCUUAGUGCUAGUCGGUCCAGCAUUGCAUUUCUGGUAUUUGUAUUUGAGCAAAGUGGUGACAGCUUCCGGAUUAUCAGGCGCCGUUUUGCGACUUUUACUGGAUCAGUUCGUUUUUGCUCCUAUUUUUGUUGGAGUUUUCUUAUCAGCUGUUGUGACACUUGAAGGAAAACCAUCAAAUGUCAUACCGAAGCUAAAGCAGGAGUGGACUGGUGCAGUGCUAGCAAAUUGGCAGCUAUGGAUACCAUUUCAGUUUCUUAACUUCAGAUUUGUUCCACAAAACUUCCAGGUGCUGGCUUCGAACGUUGUGGCUUUGGCUUGGAAUGUGAUAUUGUCUUUCAAAGCUCACAAAGAAGUUGUUCCAAAAUAG